AUGACAGUAGCAAGCAAUAGAAAAAGGCUUUCUACAGGUCUUAGUGUCACUUCAAAAGUUUUUGUGAGAUCAAGAAAUGGAGGAGCAAUGAAAAUAGUUCGAGAACACUAUUUAAGAAAUGAUAUACCUUGUUAUUCAUUAGCAUGUACUAAAUGUCAGAACAUAAUAAAGCCAGAUGCAAAUGGUCAACUACCUAAAUUUAUACUAUCGUCGAACCCAUCAAAGACAAACAACGGAAAACCUCACUACAUAGUGUUAGACACCAAUAUUGUUUUGCAUGCAAUAGAUUUAUUGGAAAAUACCCAAUGCUUUUACGAUGUCAUAGUCCCACAAACAGUAUUAGAAGAAGUUAAAAAUAGAUCAUUUCCCAUAUAUCAGAGGCUAAGAAACCUUGUUAAAUCCGAAGAUAAAAGAUUUGUUGUUUUCCAUAAUGAGUAUAAUGAAAGUACAUAUAUUACAAGAAAUAAGAAUGAAACUAUAAAUGAUAGAAAUGAUAGAGCAAUAAGAAAAGUGGUGUCAUGGUAUCAAAAACAUUUACCAAACAUUGAUAUAAUAUAUGUGUGUAAUGAUGCAGACAACAGAAAGAAAGCUAAAAUUGAGGGUUUGAAUGCCAAAUCUUUGAAAGAAUAUAUUGACUUAUUACCAAAUGGAGACGAUUUAAUAGAUUUGAUUCCUAGUGAAUUUGACAGAAGUCAAUUUGACAGUGAUAAAGGAUAUGACGAAACCUCAUUUCCUGAGUAUUACUCAAAUGCUAGGAUCAUGGCUGGUAUUAGGAAUGGUACACUAUAUCAAGGAGUAUUAAAUAUAUCUCCAUACAACUAUUUACAAGGAGAAGUUAAUGUUGGAGCAUUUAAAAAACCUUUACUCAUCCAAGGUUCAAAAAACUUAAAUAGAGCCUUUAAUUCAGACUCCGUUAUUGUUGAAUUAUUACCAAAAGAUAAAUGGAAAGAACCAUCUACUACAAUCAUAGACGAGACGGCGAUUGGAGCAAAUGAUAAUGCAGAUGAUGGGGAUGAAAUUGAUGGAGAUGUGGCGACUACAGGUGUAAUAUCGGAUAAAGAACGUUUGUUGUUGGCACAAGAAGCUUUAAAAGUCACAAAAGGUAGUUCAGAAGAAAAACGACUUCAACCUACUGCUAAAGUUGUUGGGAUCAUGAGAAGGUCUUGGAGAUAUUACGUUGGUCAAAUUGCACCUUCUUCAGUUAGUCUUGACGAUACUGGUAAUUCUGCUAAGAAUUGUUUUGUGAUAUUAAUGGACAAGACCUUACCUAAAAUUAGAAUAAGAACCAGAAAAGCAAAAGAAUAUUUAGGUCAAAGAAUUGUUAUUGUAGUAGAUAAUUGGCCAAGUGAUUCUAAAUAUCCAAAUGGUCACUUUGUGAGAGCUUUAGGUGAAGCUGAAAGUGCUGAAGCUGAAACAGAAGCAUUACUUUUAGAGCAUGAUGUUGAAUAUAGACCAUUUUCAAAAAACGUUUUGGAUUGUUUACCAAAAGAAGGUGAUAAUUGGGUCGUACCAGAUAUUGAAAACACUGAUGAUCCUUUAUUGAAAAAAAGAGUUGAUCUUAGAGAUAAAUUAGUUUGUUCAAUCGAUCCCCCAAAUUGUGUUGAUAUUGAUGACGCUUUACAUGCACAAAAAUUACCAAAUGGAAACUAUGAAGUUGGAGUUCACAUAGCUGAUGUUACCAAUUUCGUGAAAGCUGGUACUGCGUUAGACCAAGAGGGUGCUGCAAGAGGUACAUCGGUUUAUCUAGUUGAUAAAAGAAUUGAUAUGUUGCCAAUGCUUUUGGGUACCAAUCUUUGUUCAUUAAAGCCAUUUGUUGAUAGAUUUGCAUUUAGUGUCAUCUGGGAAGUGGAUCAAGAUGCAAAUAUUGUUAACGUUAAAUUCAUGAAAUCAAUCAUAAAAUCAAGACAAGCUUUUUCAUAUGAACAAGCACAAUUAAGAAUAGAUGAUCCAAACCAACAAGAUGAAUUAACCAAUUCCAUGCGGAUACUAUUACAAUUAUCAAAGAAAUUAAAGCAGAAAAGAUUGGAUGCCGGUGCAUUAAAUUUGGCUUCGCCCGAAGUUAAAGUUCAUAUGGAUAGUGAAACAUCAGAUCCACAAGAAGUAGAAAUUAAAAAAUUACUAGAAACAAACUCAUUGGUUGAAGAAUUUAUGUUGUUUGCAAACAUCUCAGUUGCUAGAAAAAUAUAUGAUGCUUACCCUCAAACUGCAAUGUUAAGAAGACAUGCUGCUCCGCCUGCAACUAAUUUUGAAGUUUUGAAUGACAUGUUGAAUGUCAGAAAGAAUGGAUUGUCAAUAUCAUUAGAGUCAUCAAAAGCGUUGGCCGAUUCAUUGGACAGAUGUGUCGAUCCGAAUGACCCAUAUUUUAAUACACUUGUUAGAAUCAUGUCAACUAGAUGUAUGAUGGCAGCUGAAUAUUUCCCAUCAGGUUCUUAUGGGUAUCCUGAGUUUAAACAUUAUGGUUUAGCUGUCGAUAUUUAUACACAUUUUACUUCACCGAUUAGAAGAUAUUGUGAUAUUGUGGCUCAUAGACAAUUGGCAGGUGCCAUUGGAUAUGAAAAUUUAGAUUUAAGUCAUAGAGAUAAAAAUAAGAUGGAAAUGAUAGUCAAAAAUAUAAAUAAACGUCAUAGAAAUGCACAAUUUGCAGGAAGAUCCAGUAUUGAGUAUUACGUUGGUCAAGUUAUGAGAAAUAAUGAGUCAGAACAUGAAGGAUAUGUUAUCAAGAGUUUCAAUAAUGCGAUAGUUGUAUUAGUUCCAAAAUUCGGUGUUGAAGGGUUGAUUAAAUUGGAGACUAUGGGAGAUGCAAAUACGGCCAAUUAUAAUGAAGAUAAAUAUGAGUUGACUUUUGAUGACUUCAAUGGAAACAAAAGAACUGUGGGAGUUUUUGAUAAGGUUAAAGUCGAUGUUAAAUCAGUUAAAGAUGAAGUGAGUGGUAAAAGAAAAGUCCAAUUAUUAUUGAAAUAA